GCGCGCGAAGCUGGAGACUGGAGCGGAAUGUACAAGCCUAAAGGAACUACACUCCCAGACUUCCUUGCGCAAGUGACCAGCAAGCAGCGAGAGAAAGAGAAGCGAGGUUGAACUUGGACUACAACUCCCACUAGGCCCCGCGUCGUCCGCCCUUUCCUUUCAAAACACGGAGGAAAAGGGAAGGGACGAAUGGACGCUUCUGAGUGCUCGUUUCUCAAAAGGCGGGAAAGGCGAACUACACCUCCCGGCGAGCUGCGCGCGCUUGCGCCUGCGCUCUGGUAUCUGUCGCCAUCUUGCCCCUUCUGAGGCACCGCAAACAAACCUAAUUCCUGGUGUCCCCUAGUCUUGGCGGAGGAGCCUUUUAGAUGAGCCCCGAAAGGCCGGGCAGGGAGGACAAGCUCUUUGGGGCUACCAAACAGAAGCAGCAAUGCCUGUUGUUUGGCCAACCCUUUUGGAUCUCAGCAGGGAUGAAUGCAAACGGAUUCUUCGAAAAUUGGAACUGGAGGCAUAUGCUGGAGUUAUCAGUGCACUUCGGGCACAAGGGGAUCUCACCAAGGAAAAGAAAGAUCUUCUUGGAGAACUCUCAAAAGUCCUUAGCAUCUCAACAGAGCGCCACCGUGCUGAAGUUCGGAGAGCAGUAAACGAUGAACGGUUAACAACAAUUGCACAUAAAAUGAAUUUAUCCUUAUAUUUGGGUGAAAGACCAAGUUACAGUAUGUCUGGACCUAAUAGUUCUUCAGAGUGGUCCAUCGAAGGACGUAGAUUGGUACCACUGAUGCCCAGGCUGGUUCCCCAGACUGCCUUCACUGUAACAGCAAAUGCGGUGGCCAAUGCAGCUGUCCAGCACAAUGCAUCCCUUCCUGUGCCUGCAGAGACAGCAAGCAAAGAAGUAGUGGUUUGCUAUUCCUACACAAGUACCACGUCUACCCCAACCUCUACCCCUGUUCCAAGUGGCAGCAUAGCAACGGUUAAGUCUCCAAGACCUGCCAGUCCCGCCUCCAGUGUAGUUGUCUUGCCAAGUGGAAGUACUGUUUAUGUCAAAAGUGUUAGCUGCUCAGAUGAAGAUGAAAAACCCAGGAAACGCAGACGAACAAACUCGUCUAGCUCCUCUCCUGUUGUUCUGAAGGAAGUUCCAAAGGCUGUUGUUCCGGUCUCAAAGACGAUCACUGUGCCUGUGAGUGGAAGUCCCAAGAUGAGCAACAUUAUGCAGAGCAUUGCCAACUCCUUACCACCCCACAUGUCACCUGUGAAAAUAACUUUCACCAAACCAUCAACACAGACAACAAACACAACAACACAGAAGGUUAUUAUAGUGACCACAUCACCAAGUUCAACCUUCGUGCCCAACAUUCUCUCCAAAUCCCAUAACUAUGCAGCAGUCACUAAGCUUGUACCAACAUCAGUCAUUGCUUCCACGACGCAGAAGCCACCUGUUGUUAUAACUGCAUCCCAGGCCUCUCUGGUCACCAGUAGCAGCAAUGGCAACAGCAGUUCUACGUCAUCCCCAAUUUCUAGUACAGUUGCAGUAACAGCGGUGGUAUCUUCCACCCCAUCUGUGGUCAUGUCAACAGUAGCACAAGGUGUAUCUACAUCAGCAAUCAAAGUGGCAUCAACAAGACUUCCUUCCCCCAAAAACAUAGUGAGUGGCCCUACCCAGAUUCUUGCACAGUUUCCUAAACAGCAUCAGCAGUCUCCUAAGCAGCAGUUACAGCAAGUGCAACAACAGACACAGCAGCCAGUCGCCCAGCCUUCCUCAGUGUCUCAGCAGCAGCAGCCUCAGCAGUCACCAUUGCCCCCUGGUAUCAAACCUACCAUCCAGAUCAAACAGGAGUCAGGUGUUAAAAUCAUCACACAGCAGGUUCAACCAAGUAAAAUCUUACCCAAACCAGUGACUGCAACUCUACCCACCAGUAGCAAUUCCCCAAUUAUGGUGGUUAGCAGUAAUGGUGCAAUAAUGACAACUAAACUGGUAACCACUCCUACCGGUACUCAGGCAACCUAUACCCGGCCAACAGUGAGCCCAUCCUUAGGUCGUGUAGCCACAACCCCUGGAGCUGCAACCUAUGUGAAAACUACCAGUGGUAGCAUCAUCACUGUAGUACCCAAAUCAUUAGCUACCUUGGGAGGCAAGAUAAUUAGCAGUAAUAUUGUUUCUGGAACGACUACCAAAAUCACUACAAUCCCAAUGACUUCCAAGCCCAAUGUGAUUGUUGUACAAAAGACUACAGGAAAAGGAACAACCAUUCAAGGCCUCCCUGGAAAAAACGUUGUCACCACAUUGCUAAAUGCUGGAGGAGAAAAGACUCUUCAGACAGUGCCGACUGGAGCCAAGCCAGCUAUCAUUACUGCUACAAGACCUAUCACCAAAAUGAUUGUAACACAGCCCAAAGGAAUAGGUUCCACGGUACAGCCAGCAGCUAAAAUCAUUCCAACAAAAAUUGUCUAUGGACAACAAGGGAAAACACAGGUUCUCAUUAAACCCAAACCAGUGACAUUUCAAGCUACAGUUGUUAGUGAACAAACAAGGCAGCUGGUUACAGAAACAUUACAGCAAGCAUCCAGGGUAGCAGAGGCCGGUAAUUCAUCUGCUCAGGAAGGAAAAGAAGAACCACAGGGUUACACAGACAGUAGUUCUUCUUCCACAGAGUCCUCCCAGAGUUCUCAAGAUUCCCAGCCUGUAGUUCAUGUAAUUGCUUCCCGGCGUCAGGAUUGGUCAGAACAUGAGAUUGCAAUGGAGACUAGCCCCACCAUAAUAUAUCAGGAUGUAUCCAGUGAAUCACAAUCAGCUACUUCAACAAUCAAAGCUCUGUUAGAACUCCAACAGACAACAGUAAAGGAAAAAUUGGAAUCUAAACCAAGACAACCCACUAUUGACUUGAGUCAAAUGGCAGUACCUAUUCAGAUGACCCAGGAAAAGAGACAUUCUCCUGAGAGUCCAUCCAUUGCUGUGGUAGAGUCAGAACUAGUUGCUGAAUACAUCACCACGGAACGCACUGAUGAGGGGACAGAGGUUGCUUUUCCCCUUCUAGUCAGCCAUCGUUCCCAGCCCCAACAGCCUUCCCAGCCCCAGCGGACCCUGCUCCAACAUGUGGCUCAGUCACAGACUGCGACACAGACUUCGGUGGUAGUAAAGUCCAUCCCAGCGUCUUCCCCUGGAGCAAUCACCCACAUCAUGCAGCAGGCAUUAAGCAGUCACACUGCUUUUACCAAACACAGUGAGGAACUUGGAACUGAGGAGGGUGAGGUCGAAGAGAUGGACACAUUGGAUCCUCAGACAGGUCUGUUUUACCGCUCUGCCCUGACACAAUCGCAGUCAACUAAACCUCAGAAACUUAGCCAGCCCCAGCUGGAACAGACUCAGCUGCAAGUGAAAACUCUGCAGUGCUUCCAGACCAAACAGAAGCAGACCAUCCACCUGCAGGCCGACCAGCUCCAGCACAAACUCACACAGAUGCCCCAGCUCUCCAUCAGGCAUCAGAAACUGACUCCUCUCCAGCAGGAACAAGCACAGCCCAAGCCAGAUGCACAGCACACACAGCAUACUGUGGUGGCCAAAGACAGGCAGCUUCCUACCUUAAUGGCACAGCCCCCGCAAACUGUAGUACAGGUGCUUGCCGUGAAAACCACACAGCAGCUUCCUAAACUGCAGCAAGCUCCGAACCAACCAAAAAUCUACGUGCAGCCCCAAACUCCCCAGAGCCAGAUGGCACUCCCCACCUCAUCAGAGAAACAGCCUGCAAGCCAGGUGGAGCAGCCAAUUAUAACCCAAGGAUCCUCUGUUACAAAGAUAAUAUUUGAGGGGCGCCAGCCUCCCACAGUUACAAAGAUAACUGGUGGCAGUUCUGUUCCUAAGCUGACAUCACCAGUUACAAGCAUAUCUCCCAUUCAGGCCUCUGAGAAGACAGCAGUGUCAGACAUUUUGCAAAUGUCUUUGAUGGAAGCUCAGAUUGAUACAAAUGUAGAACAUAUGGUAGUGGAUCCCCCAAAGAAGGCUCUAGCCACCAAUGUGCUCACUGGUGAGGCAGGAGCUCUACCCUCCGCCCAUGUGGUGGUGGCAGGGAUGACGAAAUGUAGAGAGUCCUGUUCAAGUCCAUCUGCUGUUGGCCCUCCCCUAACGACCAGAAAAAUCGAAGCAGCAGGAGUGCCUACGACAGGCCAGUUCAUGCGUAUUCAGAAUGUAGGCCAAAAGAAAGCUGAAGAGAGCCCAACAGAAAUUAUCAUCCAGGCCAUUCCCCAGUAUGCUAUUCCUUGUCACUCCAGCUCCAACGUGGUGGUGGAGCCCAGUGGGCUUCUUGAGUUGAACAACUUCACCAGUCAGCAGCUAGAUGACGACGAGUCAGCCAUGGAGCAGGAUGUGGACAGCAGCACGGAGGAUGGGACUGAGCCCAGCCCCUCUCAGAGCGCUGUAGAUCGGUCCUAGUGUGCAGACGCCGCAGUGCACUUUAGCUCCUGCUUGCUUACCAAAUGUCCAGGGAAACUUAAAAUUUGUUAUAGUAAAAAAAAAAAAAAAAUGCACUUUGCUCAUACUUAGGCUGGGGACCUAGAAAUACAGUGUUUGAAUGAGAUGUUGCUGCAGGAGCAGCAUUUUAACAAGAUUAAACUCACAGAGGAAUGUACUUUAAAAAAAAAUAGAAAAAAAAAAAAAAGCAAAGGAAACGACACACCCCACGGAGCCUUGGCACCUUGUGGGUGCUAAGCAGGGAGAAGAGACUUUCCUGUGCGUGGUUCUCGGCUGCUUUCCACUGAGCAAAUGCCACCAGAGAAUAUUAAAAGCAAAAGGAAGGAAAAUAUGAAGACUUUGUAAUUUUGAAAUGAUGUAUUUGAACAGUUUUUUAAAAAUCGUGUUUGUUUUUGCAAAUCCCUGGAAAUGUUGAUUUGGCUAACAUUUUACAUUUGCUCAGUUCAUGAUUAGUUUAUGAAUACUUAGGAAAGUUCUGGCAUUAAAGAAUCCUUGCUGGAGGGUAAACAUCAGAUUGCAGACCGGGAAGUGUUUGGGGUGGCUUGUACAUGUGCUCCUUGGUUGUAUACUAAUUUAUUGUGGUGUUCCACACUUGUCUAUUUAUUUAAUGUAAAUGUUUUCAAGCAGGCCAAAUCCCUUCUACAUGUCCUGGGAAGCUGGAUCGCCUGGCCUUCCCACCUCCCCCCAGCCCCCCUUUAAGAAGAUGAAUUAGAGGAGGUUUGGUCAGGAAGCAGAGGAAAAGACAUUUCUAGCCCAAAGGAAAUGUUCAGUCGUGUUAAUGAAAAUGAACUCCUCACUCAUUUGAUGCUUUCUCAACACCGAAGCUGCACAUCGUGUUGGACUGAGACUUUGAAAACAGCUUUUACUUACCUUGGUUUAAAUCCUUUGAAAUGUAUGAAAAUGUUCACUUACAGUUCUAAAUGUAAUAUUUUUAAGUUUUUACUUUUUUAGGGUGCAGUUUGUCUAUAUUCUGGUGUGGUCUUGUGAUUGCUGUCUAUCACAAGUAGAGUGAAGGGUAAGGGAUGGGAGGGGAAGAAUUUUGACAAGCUGUGGCAAAGGAAACAAUACUUUUCAUUUUUAAAAAGUGUAAAUAGAAAAGUUUUUAACGGUUUUAUAUGAAUUUCACUAUAAAUAAGCAUUUUAAGACUGACAAAUGUUGAACUGUAUAUACAUUUAUCAGCAUAACUGCCCAAUUUUUGGUGCUGAAGUACUGUAAGAUUUUAUCAAUAUCAUCCUAAUUUUUGCAUCUACACUUGGGAGAAGGAGCUGAGAUGCUAUAGUUAAUCACUCACACAAGCGGGACACUAAAAUUCUCAGCAGGAGCAUCCUGAGACACCUUGUCCUCAUGUUUACUAGGCCAAAGUUACCCAUAGAUGGAGCUAUUGGAUAGCAUUUUAUUGUACAGAUGUGUUUCAACCACUUUGUGAUUGUUCCUAGCUAAAAAAAAAUUUUAACUUCUCUUGGGUCAUAGACAUCUUUAAGAAUCUGAUUAAACUAUGAACUCACCAAAAAAAAAAAAAAAAAAACCCACAUGCCAGUACACGUGUUAAGAUUUUGCAUACAAUUUUAGGGCCUUCUGAGCUCCCAAGACCAUCCAUGUAUUCCAGGUCAAGCCUUCUGUUAUGGUCAGUCCAUUACUUACAGGUGUAAGUUUUUAUUAAAUAAAAUUUGAUUACACAUGGAUCAGGAAAUAAGAACAAACUUGAAUAAGUUCCAUCUCUACUAUCAGCAUACCAUGCCCGUGUCUCUCUGAGAAUUUAGCCUCACUGUGCUCCAGCAGCUUAAAUGACAAAUGAGUCUACUUUAGUCUGCAUUUAAACAUUCAUAUGUGCAUAUAUAUACACACACACAUACAUGAAUUAUCAAGUAAGAUUUAAUUGUUUCCCUUUGAAUGGUUCUAAUGCCAAUUAGAGCAUGAUUUGUUGUUGUUGUUGUUGUUGUUGUUGUUGUUGUUUUGAGACAGGGUUUCUCUGUAUAGUCCUGGUUGUCCUGGAACUCACUCUGUAGACUAGGCUGGCCUUGAACUCAGAAAUCUGCCUGCCUCUGCCUCCCAGAGUGCUGGGAUUACAGGCAUGUGCCACCACCUCCCGGUAGAGCAUGAUUUUAUGAGCAAAUAAUAUUUAUUCUUCUUACGUGCCAGGUAAGGCUCUAGGCCACCAAGGACAUUACAGUGAGGACAUGGAAAAUCCUACCCAGAUGGAGCUUACAGUCAGGGCUUCCUGCUGAUGAAAGAAGGGGGAAAAACAAUUCUGGGAGUUCUUCCUCUUCUUUAAUUGGCACAUGUUCAGUGUAUGUAGUAGUUUUGUCUGUGUAUGGAGGACAGAGACCAAUCCUGGGGCUGUUGCAUAGAAGCCAUCUUCCUAGUUUUGGGUUGUUUUUUUUUUUUUAAUUACAUUUUUAUGUAGUGUGUGUAUGUGUGUGUGUGUGUGUGUGUGUGUUCAUUAUGUCUAUAUGCAUAUGCAGGCUGGAGGACAACUUACAUGAGUUGGCUCUCUUACUAUCUGGGUCAUGGGAAUUUGACUCAGGUACCAGGCCUGGAAGCAGGUGGCUUUACCCACUGAAGCAUCUUGCUGGUUCCCCACCUUGUUUUUUGCAACAGGGAUCUAGAACUUGCUGAUGAGUAUAGACUUGCUGUCUAGAUAGAUUAGCUGCCUAGCAAGUCCCAGGAGCUGCCCACUUCCCCAGUGCUGGGGUUAUACGCACAAGUCAUGGCCUGGCUUUUCAUGUGAGUAUUUGUGUGGCAAGUGCUGUACUGAUCUAUCUCCCCAGCCCAGCACUGGGUUUCUUAGACAUUUUUGUGUAAGCAUUUUCUUUGACCACAUUCCCCAGGUUCCCUCCAACCCUUAUUUUACAUGUAUGAGUGUUUGGCCUAUACAUGUCUGAUGCAUCAUACACAUUCAGUGCCCAUGGAUUCCCUGGGCCUGGAGUUACAAACAAUGUGAGAUACCAUGUGAGUGCUGGGAAUUAAAACCAGGCCCUGUUCGAACAGCUGCCACAGCUCUAGAUGACUCUUAACUACUGAGCCAUCUCUCCAGUCCCUUUCUUAAGUGGAUUGACAGUGACAGUGAGAACGUGUCUGGAUCCAUCCUUAGACAUGCUUUUGCUGAAGUUGAUAGCAUUUCUUUGUUUUAUGUUUAAGUCCAUAAAAGUAAUUGUAAGCUAUCUCUGAAGAAUAUUUAAAGAUAACGAUGCACUUCUGCAAAGCCAUUAGAAUUCUGUUCAUCAUUGAAGAUUUGGUUUUGAGUUGGAGAUGUAGCUCAGUAGAGUGCUUGCCUGGAAUGCACAAAGCUGAGUUUGAUUCUUAGCACCACAGAAAAACUAGGCAAGGUGGCAGAUGCUUAUAAUUCCAGUUCUUGGGAGGUAGAGGCAGGAGAAUGAAAAGCCACAGUCAUCCUCUGCCCCUUAAUACAUUUGACCUCAAAUGUAUUAUCUCAAAAGAGAUUUGGUUUAAAGUAAACUAAUAAAUACCUACUAUUGCAGGUGUACCUUAUAGUGAAUUUUAAAGACUUUUUAUUUUUUAUUGUUUUUGAAACACGUGUCAUGUUACUAUGUAGCUUUGGCUGACCCGGAAAUCACUGUGUAGACAGGCUAGCCUUGAACUUGCAGAUAUCCAGGUUUCCUGAAUACUCAGGCCAUGUACUUAACACACAUAAUGUGUGUGGCUCCAUGAUUUCUAGGCUUUUUCACAGAUAGGGCACCUAUUACCAAAAUCAACUUUAGAACAUUUUCAUCAGUCAGUAAAAGAAACUGCCUCAGACAGCCACUUCUCUAGCCCUGGGGCACCAUCAUCUUUCUGUCCCUGUGCACUUCCUGCUCUGGGUCCUUCGUUUGAAUGGAAUACUGUAAAUGCUCUUUCAUGAUGGCUUUCACUUGGUGUCAUAUCUCAAGACUCAUCAGUGCUUCCUUAUGGCUGUUCCCACACAUGACUGCAUCACUGUAAAAAUCAUUAGCUGAUGGACACGUGUUGUUUUACUUCUUGGCUUCCUUGAGCAUAUGUUGCUGCAAACUCUUGUGCACAAAUUACGCUUAGGUUUCAAUUCUCCUGAGUAACUACCUUUGACCUUUUAAGGAACUGCCAAAAUUGUUUGCCACGGAGACCAGGUGUUUUGCAUUCAGUCUAGCUGUGCAUGAGGGCCUCUUACCAACACUUGCUAUUGGCUCUUCUAAUGUAGGCUCCCUAGUAUCUGUAGUGGUACCUCAUUGUGGUUAUGACACAUUUCCCUGCUAGCUAGUGAUGAACAGUUUUUAUGAGCAUCUUGCUCAUUGGUUUGUCUUUGGAGAAGUAUCUCUUCGGUCCCUUCAGUGGUUUUAUAACUUCAAUUGGGAAUGUGUGAAGUAUUAGAAGUAUUACUACUAUUAAAAGGAAAGUUAUUCUUCACAUCAUCAUUAAAAAUUGUUUUGAGUUGGCUCUAGUUCUUCCUCUCUGAUGCAGCAUAGCUUGACAUUCUUAAACUGUCUUAGAAUUAAAAGCUUGCUCUUUAAAUGCAUUGCUUUCUAUGGUUCCCAUAGUAGGCUGCUUGUGUGGAGGGCAGCAGGAAACAGAGCAAGUACAAAGGAAGCAGGGCUGUGUUUAGAACCCUCUUCUGGUUAUUGCGUAUAUGAACUUGAGUCAGUCACUCUCCAUUUCCAUAACAGGAAGUCUAACCUCUGGGACUCUUGAAGGCUGGACCAACAGUAAUGUAAAAAUGCCAGGCAAGGAGUUAGGUGUUGGAUAUGUUUUGAGUAGUCAUGCCAUUCUAUUAGUCAACACGGGCUUGAGAAGUUAAAGGUAAAAGAGCUCACAUUGAAUGUGAAUGGAAUUGCCCUGAGUCAGGCCUCACCGCUUUCUCCGGAAGGACAUGUUUGUUCCGCCUAAGAAGACUGGCCCUUUGGGAGAGCAGAGGGACUUGACCAAGGAACAUUCUGAAGCCUCCCACAGAGGUCCUUGAUUCAGGGCUUUUUGUUGGUUUGUUUGUUUUUUAAGGUUUUACAAAUCUAUAAGAGGAAGUAUAGGCAAGACCUUUUCCCAGAAAGGCUAGUGAAAAGUUGACUGCCUCUGCUUUGUUGGUUUGCAAGCUUCGGUGUUGUACUGUACAUUGAAAAGAAACAGGCACAGAUUUGGACUCGUGGGAAAGCUCAUAAUGCAGGCGAGCCUGGGCUUGAGCUCUGAUAUGCCACUUUGACUUAAGCUCUGAAAGAAUGAAGAGUGUAGAGGUUGGAGUUCUUGCCCUGUGUUACCUGAGUCAUGCAAGAAGACUUUGCUAUAUACACAAGUUGCCAUGGUUCUUUGUAGGAGCCUCCAUUUCCUUCUCUGCCAUAUAUCCUUGGAGAUGUCGAGCUUGGGAAUGUCAGUUGAAGGUGGGGGUACCGCAGACUUUGGGAGUUUCAAGGUAGUAAAGGAUUCGUGAGAAUCAGAACUACAGCUUAAUGCAGUAGGUGGUAAGAAUGGUAAUGGAGAAAUACUGAGUACCUGUAAGUGGGGCUGCUACAGAAACUGUCCUGCAGACAUUUCCAUCUAAAGGAAAAGUAAGGAGUUAAGCAAAGAGGAGGAGCUAUCCAGGGACAACCAAACCCAAAGACAGUGUGGUGAGAGGAGAAAGUGGAGGUGGGAUUGUGAUGAUGGCAUGUGUCUGUCUGUGUCUGUGUGUCAUUGGGAAAUCAGAAGACUCCUAAGGUACCAGAGCUGGCAGUAAACUAAUUUGAUCACAAUAUUUUUUUUGGUGUGUAAGAAAAUGGCAUUUCUUGAUGUCACCUUCAGUUCCUUAGAUCAUUUUUAAAACCUUCAGUGGUUCUGUAAAAUAGUCAUUUAAAUCUGACCUUUGGGGCUCUUAGCCAAAGCCACUACCACUGUUCUAUCUAGAUCUGUAUCCCAUUUUGCUGGUUCUGUGCAGCUGAAGUUUCUCCUGCCUCCAGCAGACUCAGCUGGAUUCCUCCUCCAUUCUUUUUGUCUUGUGUCAGUAACUUUUUGUUUGAUGUCCUUAUCUGGCUUUGAUAGUGUAAUUGAGCUUCAUCAAAUGAAUUAGGAAGUUACUUUUUGGAACAGUUUGAGAAGGAUUAGUGUGGAUUCUUUUUAAGUAUUUUUUAUAAUCUAUCAAUGAUGACAUCUGGUCUUAAUUAUUUUUUUGAGCGGUUUGGUUAGUGAGUCAAACUUUUUAUAGCUCCUUUAGUCUUCCCCCAUCAAUUUCUGUAAUUUGUGUAAUUUUCCCCUUUGAUCUGUAAGAGGUCUGUUGAUGUGAAAUUGUUCCUAGUAUUGUUUUGAUCUUUUCAGCUUUUGUAGGAUUACAAUAGUGUCUACUUUCAUUCUUUAAGCUUGGCUUUUUCUAUAUCACAUAAAAUUUGGUAUUUUGUAAUUUCAUUGUCUGUAGGUAUUUUCUAUAGUCCUUUGUGAUGUAUUUGACCUGUUGGUUAACAGUGUUGGUUAACUUUGUUUCCUCAUUUGUGGAUUUUCCAAUUUUCCUGAUAGUGACAAUCAGGUUGUACAGCUUGGAGGGAAGUCCCUUUACCCACUGAGACAUUUUUCUAGAACAUUUAAAUGUGUCCUUUUUAUUACUAUGGGAGUUAUAUUUAAUGUUUUAAAUAUGUAGCAGUCCAUUUUGAAUUAAUACCAACUUAACUUCAGAAGCCUAUAAAAUCCCUGUUCCUAUAUAACCAUUCCUCUCUUUAUGUUGUUACAAAAGUAUAUUUUUAUGUACCUAAUAACAGAUUUAUAAUUGUUUUUAUACAUUCAUAUACAUGUUUUAAGUCAUGUAAGUCAUUGUCUUUUAAACCUGGGAUGUGCUUUUGAAUAUCUGCCUCC